UCGAUUGUCCUCAUGGCUGUUGCGGACAGCCAAUACCUGUUCAGGCUCAUAGACGUCGGCGCCCCUGGAAGAUUCAGCGAUGGUGGUGUGUUCAAGGACUCUCCCAUUGGAAAGCGACUGGAGCAGGGAAAGCUCGGCUUGCCCAGGGCUGCGUCGCUGCCAGAUUCAUCCAAAAGUUGCCCUCAUGUGUUCGUUGGAGACGAGGCAUUUCAACUUCGGCCUGACUUCAUGAAACCUUUGUCAGGCAGCCGGACCGACCCAAAGGACAUCAUUUUCAACUAUCGUCUCAGCCGUGCAAGACGGUGCAUCGAAAAUGCGUUUGGCAUUCUCACAGCGAGGUGGCGGAUCUAUCACAGGGUGAUCGACCUUAAACCUGAAAAUGUUGACUAUGUCAUCAAGGCGACUUGUGUGCUGCAUAACUUCUUGUGCCUGGAGUGUGGCGGUGGAGAGUACUACUGCCCAGUGGGUUAUGCCGACUCUGAGGACACUUUUGGGAAUCUUCGUGGGGGUGCAUGGAGGGAAGACAUUGGAGCUCAACGAAUAUACCCGAACUGA